AUGUUUAUUCGACUGUUGGUUACAUCAGGCUUUCUGAUUCUCAUCGUUCAAUCAAUAGCAACAAACAGUUCAAAAGGUCAAACUGCUGAUGCUUUGACAUUACCUAAACAGGGUUCUUCACUCUACGAUGAUUAUGAUUUGAACGAUCCUAAAUUAUUAGGAACAAAUGUCGAAGGUAGCGGUGGUGCAGCAAGUCUUGAUGAGUAUGCCGAUGACGAAGAAGAAGAGCAAUUAUCGAAAGUAACUGCUAACAGUAGUGCAACUACAACAACAACAAUCAUGAUGAUUACAACAAGAUUGACUACAACGAGUCGCACAACGUCAUCGCCAUCGUCGACGACAACAACAACAACAACAACACCGCAAACUAAAACAACGACGACGACAGUUCGACCAACUACCACAACUGCUGGAGUUAACCGAUGGUCAAAAACAACAUCAUCUAAUUAUGAGCCAACAAGACGAAAACCUCAAAGUAGUACAACAUCAUCCACACCAGUGUUCAAUGAUUUAGAUGGAAAUGAAUUUAAAGAUGAACAUGAAGAUUAUACAGAUGAUCUCGAAGACGACGCUUAUUACAACGAGCCAACUGUAUCAAAUAGAGUUCCGACAACAACGACGAUUCACACAUCUCGAUAUCCAGGCCUUACCACUCGCCAAACAACUGUUGGUAAUCAUACGACACCUCUAUGGAUACUAUUUAGUUUUCUCACACGUCCGCCCAUUGCGGCAGGUAUCCUUGCUGGCUUAGCCAUCGGUAUUCUAACUUCGAUUAUUCUUCUUGCCUGUAUUAUUCGACGUUAUCAUACACGAGAAAAAUCGCAUACAUCGUAUACAACGGGAUUACUUUAUCCUAAUCAAUAUGGUUAUUCCAAGUCACCACAAGAAUUCUAUGCUUAA